AUGUUCAGUGUGACGUUCACCAGCGUCCUUUUGGCGUUGAUAUGUUUUUGCAAGUGUAGAACACUGGUGAAUCCGCAGCAAAGCGUUCUCUUAAAUCCCAAUUCACAGAACCCACCUACAAGAGAACUCGAAGUCGGGGAAUUGAACUUUCUACAUACAACUGAUACGCAUGGAUGGUUGGGCUCGCAUCUCAAUCAAGUAAACUAUGAUGCUGAUUGGGGCGACUUUGUAAGCUUCGCGUCACAUUUCAGACAAAACAAGCUCGGAAGUUCCAAAGAUCUCAUUUUGAUAGACACAGGGGACAAACAUGACGGCAAUGGACUUAGCGAUGCUACAGCGGUCAAUGGUGAGCUGUCUACGAAAAUUUUCAAUGAGCAAGAUUACGAUCUGCUCACUUUGGGAAAUCACGAACUUUACACUGAGAAUAACACAAUUUUGGAGUAUUAUUCCACAGCACAGUCAGACAAGUUUAAAAGCGCUUACGUAUCCAGUAAUGUUGAAUUUGUUUUGGAAAAUGGGCAAACAGUCCCUUUCGGGUCGAAAUAUCGCUACUUCAAAACGAAAAACCGCAACAUCCGUAUUCUGGCGUUAGCAUUCAUGUUUGACUUUCGGCGAGCCAAUUCAAGAGCUAAAGUUACACCAGCUACAGUUGCACUCCAACAAGAAUGGUUCAAAGACGUAGUUUCGCGAUACCCAGAAACAGAAAUUGAUGUGCUUGUUAUUUUCGGUCAUAUGCCAGUCACUGAUCCCGAAACGCACGAAAUCAACCAGGUUCAUUCGAUUUUACGGACUCAUUAUCCCAAUUCGAUCACCCAGUACUUUGGUGGCCACUCCCACAUUAGAGACUUUGCAAUCUUUGACGAUAAGUCCACCGGACUACAAAGUGGGCGCUUCGCCGAGACCGUGGGGUUUUUGUCCAUUGACAACAUUAAGAGCGGUUUGCCAGAAUUCCACAGGCGGUACAUUGACUUCAGCAAAAAUCAAUUCUCCCAUCAUUCUGGAUCAUCUCUGCAAACCGAAAAAGGUGCCAAACUGUCUCAAGAAAUAAGCAAUCUUAGAGAGGCGCUGAAUCUUAACGAUGUUGUGGGAUAUGUGCCGUCAACAUACUACAUGUAUUCGAGGCCAAUCAGCUCAAAACAUAAUAUUUACAACCUGCUGACUACAAAGGUCUUGCCAAAUUUAAAGUCUGACCGAACUGAUGAGUCAAAAUCUCGUUUCAUUAUCAUCAAUACAGGUUCAAUCAGAUAUGACUUGUACGAGGGCAACUUCACAAAAGAUACAGAGUACAUUGUAUCGCCAUUUCCCAAUGAUUGGAACUUUGUGGACGUACCACUUUCGCUGGCCGAGGGUGUAGCCACUUAUUUGAAUGACGGACCCGUUCUGCUCGCGUCGAUGCAGCCACCGGAGGUGCGGAAACAUAAGCAUCUACCCAGAAAAUGUCCCUUCAGAAACGAUCCUGAAUUGCGAAAGGGCUACACGACCAGCGAUGAUGCCGGAUGCGAUGGAGAUGAUGUCAUUCACAACACUGAACUUGUCUUUGACGUUCCCAAUGUUGUUCAAUCCGUGGAACUAAGUAAGACAAGUGAUAGAGUGCAUCUGGUAUUCUACAGCUUCAUCCAAAAGGAUGUCCUACGGGCCUUGAAUGAUUUAAGCAAGAAACAGCAAUCAACAGCCGUUUACACAGACGCAGACUGUCACAACUAUGGUGGCCGGUCAACAAAGGAGCUUUUGAAAGAGUACAUAAAGGGUAUGUAA